CAGCCCCGCCCGCCUCCCCGCGCCGUCUCCUCGGCCUGCGCCGCCGCCGCUCGUGGUCCGGGUCGCGCUCCUUCCGCUCCGCCGCCUGCUUGCGAGUGCUGCCCGGCAGGCCGCCAUGGCGAACGUGGCCGACACGAAGCUGUACGACAUCCUGGGCGUCCCUCCCGGCGCCAGCGAGAACGAGCUGAAGAAGGCGUACCGGAAGUUAGCCAAAGAGUACCACCCUGACAAGAAUCCAAAUGCUGGAGACAAAUUUAAAGAAAUAAGUUUUGCAUAUGAAGUAUUGUCAAAUCCAGAGAAGCGAGAGCUGUAUGACAGAUACGGAGAACAAGGCCUACGGGAAGGCAGCGGCGGAGGUGGUGGCAUGGAUGAUAUUUUCUCGCAUAUUUUUGGUGGAGGAUUGUUUGGCUUUAUGGGCAAUCAGAGUAGAAGUCGAAAUGGCAGAAGAAGAGGCGAGGACAUGAUGCAUCCACUAAAAGUAUCUUUAGAAGACCUGUACAAUGGCAAGACAACCAAACUACAACUUAGCAAGAAUGUGCUCUGUAGUGCAUGCAGUGGCCAAGGUGGGAAGUCUGGAGCUGUUCAGAAAUGCAGCGCUUGUCGGGGUCGAGGUGUGCGCAUUAUGAUCAGACAGCUGGCUCCAGGAAUGGUGCAGCAGAUGCAGUCUGUGUGCUCCGACUGUAAUGGAGAAGGGGAGGUCAUCAAUGAAAAAGACCGCUGUAAAAAAUGUGAAGGGAAGAAGGUAAUCAAAGAAGUCAAGAUUCUGGAAGUCCAUGUAGACAAAGGCAUGAAACAUGGCCAGAGGAUUACGUUCACCGGAGAAGCAGACCAGGCUCCAGGAGUGGAACCUGGGGAUAUUGUUCUUUUGCUACAGGAAAAAGAACAUGAGGUGUUCCAGAGAGAUGGGAAUGAUUUGCAUAUGACAUAUAAGAUAGGACUUGUUGAAGCUUUAUGUGGAUUUCAGUUCACAUUUAAACAUCUUGAUGCUCGUCAGAUUGUGGUGAAAUACCCCCCUGGCAAAGUAAUUGAACCAGGAUGUGUUCGUGUUGUUCGAGGUGAAGGAAUGCCACAGUAUCGUAAUCCCUUUGAAAAGGGUGAUCUUUACAUAAAGUUUGAUGUGCAGUUUCCUGAGAAUAACUGGAUCAACCCAGACAAACUUUCUGAAUUAGAAGAUCUCCUGCCAUCUAGACCAGAAGUUCCUAAUGUUAUUGGAGAGACAGAAGAAGUGGAGCUUCAGGAAUUUGAUAGCACUCGAGGCUCUGGCGGUGGUCAGAGACGUGAAGCCUAUAAUGAUAGCUCUGAUGAAGAAAGUAGCAGCCAUCAUGGACCUGGAGUGCAGUGUGCCCAUCAGUAAACUGCAGGCCACUGCACGGGUGGAUUUUCUUUCCACAUUUGCCGGAUUUGCCAGCUGCUGGAGUACCUGAUGCGUCCAGAUGAACUGAUGGGCAUCUGUUGAUCUAUGUGUAACUUCUAAAAUUGGUAUAGUAUCCACUAACCACAGAGCUUUACAUCUUCAUUUCGACUGUUCUGUAGCAGAGUAAAGCACUUGAAAUAAGACUCCCUUUCACAUGUGGGUUAUAAGUUUCAGUCCUGGUAUCUGCUUGAUUUUAUCAGUUUUGUGUAGACUUUAUGUUUCAUAUUUUAAACUCAAAUCCAGCAUUGUAAAGUUUGUACAAUUUGUCCUGAAGCUUUGUGUUUGGCUGCACCUGCAUAAGCUGCUACAAAUAGAAUAAAGAAUUCAUAGCCUGUAUCUAUCAUUUAGAUGCAUGGAAAAAUGGGCUUUGCACACAAUGGGUUUGAAGCUGACUGGGAACAAUGGAAAAAAUUACAUUAGCCAUGGUUGUAAAGUUUUUUGGCUUUUUUUUAAAACCAUUUUGUGAAAGGUUUCUGAAACUUGAUAAUAAAAAGCAGUUGGUGUAAAUUA